AUGACUGAAACGAUGAACGUCGAUCAACAACUAAGUACAACGAUGCCAGAAGCUAUUCAUGAAUCCCAACCAACGAAUGGUGUGGAAAAACGAAAAUAUUCCAAAGAAGAUGUUCCACGUCUACCACGUGAACUCACACCAUUUGCUCAGUUUACGCUGGCAAUCGAACUCGAUCAACGUGGCCCGUUGUUCAAGGGACCUGGAUCGAAACGCGAUACAGGACGGUAUAAAGUUCGAACUACUGAUGACGAUAAUGUCAAGCGCGCAAAGAAAUUUGCUAUGGAGCAGAGUGUGAAGUAUGUUUUGAUGAAACAACAACAGCAUCAACAACGAACACAAUUAGAUAUUCUGAAAAAGCAACAAGCGCUGUUGUUGAUGUGCCGAAUCUACAUUGGAAGUAUUAAUUUUGAGUUAAAUGAAGCUAUGCUGAAACAAGCCUUUCAACCAUUCGGUCCAGUGAAAGCUGUUUCAUUAACAUUUGAUCCAGUGACAAAUCGUCAUAAGGGUUUCGCGUUUCUUGAAUAUGAAAUACCCGAAGCAGCACAACUAUCAAUCGAGCAAAUGAACGGAGUUAUUCUCGGCGGGCGAAAUAUAAAGGUCGGUAGACCAUCAAAUAUGCCACAAGCACAACCGAUUAUUGACCAAUUGACCGAAGAAGCGAAAAACUACAAUCGAAUUUAUAUUGCUUCAAUUCAUCCAGACUUGACCGAAACGGAUAUUCAAAGUGUUUUUGAAGCUUUUGGUGAAAUAAAGAGUUGUGUUUUGUCUAAAGAUACAGCGACCAGUAAACACAAAGGUUAUGGCUUUAUCGAAUACGGUACAGUUCAAGCGGCACAAGAUGCAAUCAGUGCGAUGAAUUUAUUCGAUCUUGGUGGUCAACACCUUCGUGUAGGAAAAGCAAUUACACCACCCGAGGGAUUGUUUGCAUCAGCACAGCCAAUAGCAAGUCCAAUGCCGACGGCUACGGCAUUAGCUGUAGCAACUAUCACAGCUCAGUUACAAGCGAAAGAUGUUGAAACAAAUCCACAGCCGACAGUGGCUGCUUCGCAACUAAUCAAUAAUCCAUUGGCUCAAGUUAGUUUUGCUGCUGGACCGAUUGCACCAACAACGGUUGCUGCAGCACUUUCAGCUGCUUCAUAUUCUGGUGCAACAGCUGUUACAUCAAUGAUUUCUAAUAUUCUUAAUCCUACGGCAGCCAUGCCAAGUCCGAUUCCCCAGGCUGCUGUUGCAGGUUCACCGACAAUUCGUCCUAAUUUCAUCGCACCAUCUGUACCAGCGGUUCCCGUUACUCCACCAGCAACACAACAAAUACCCAUUCCUCCUCCUCAAAUAAUUAUUCCACCACCACCAACAUCGAUCCCUCAACCCACCAUCCUCGAAGAACCACCCAUACCAGUCGGAUUAAAAGCGGCGUUAGAGCCAGUAUCUCAACAGCAACAAUACGCAUCAAUUGCUCUUGUAUUACCAACCGAUAAAACAGACGCAAAUACGAAUAAAAAAUCAGCGUUAGAAUUAAGUAAUGCUGAUGACCCUUCGACAACUCUAUCUCAACAAGAAGAACUCAGCGUUAAAGGUCGUGAACAAAGACAUUUAUUAAUGCAAAAAUUAAACCAACGUCGACUCGAUUCACGUGUGUGUGUUUUGAAGAAUAUGGUCGGUCCAGAUGAAAUUGAUGAUGAUCUGCAGCAAGACGUGACAGAAGAAUGUUCGAAGUAUGGCGAGGUUGUUAAAGUUGUGAUUUACACUGAACAACAAGGAGAGGACGAUAAUGCUGAACAUAUCGUAAAGAUUUUUGUCGAAUUUCAAACUAGUAAACAAGCAGAAAAAACGGUCGAAUCACUCAACGGUCGAUAUUUCGGUGGUCGGAUAAUCAAAGCUGAGUUGUAUGACCAAACAGCCUAUCAAGCUGAUGAUCUUUCUGGUUAA